AUGGAGGUACGCACCCGUUUUGGCCCUACCGGCUUUGUGGACUAUGAUGAAGUCCUGUCAAAGAUGCGGCAGACAGGAUCCUUGAGGGACUACCAGCGGGAAUUCGAAAGGGUGGCCACACAAGUCAAAGAUUGGCCAGAGAAGGCCUUGAUCGGGGCAUUCAUUGGGGGCCUAUUUCCGGAUAUUGCUGCAGAAGUCAAGCUCCACCGACCCACCACGAUGCGCCAAGCAAUUGAUAUUGCUCGGCUGAAGGAUGAUCAACUGCGCGCCACGCGCAAGGCAAUGGCAUACAAAGGGCCAGCCAUGGCCGGAUCCAGUUCUGGGGCGCCCAAACCCAAGCCACCACUUGCACCACAACCUGCAACCAGCAAGCGCAUACCACAGGGCGUCAAGCGCCUAUCAUGGGACGAGAUGCAGAAGAGGCGUGAGCAAGGCCUCUGUUUCAACUGCAACGAAAAAUUCACCCCGGGCCACAAGUGCAAGGUGGCCCAAUCAUUUCUGAUCGAAGUUGAAGAGCCACCAGAGGAGGAGGAAUAUGCAGAGUCAGACCCACAAAUGCCUUAUGACAUGCCUGCAGCCAACAGCGGGGUGGAGGCCGAGGAUCUGCCAGAGGUGUCCCUUCAUGCGCUGGCAGGAUCCGCUGGGCCACAAACCAUGCGGGUGACAGCGAUGCUCAAGGGCAAAGUUGCCAGCCUGCUGAUUGACAACGGCUCAACCCACAACUUCAUCAGCACCAAAGUAGCCCACAAGUUACAGAUUCCGACUACCAUCAUUGAGCCAUUUGAGGUGCGAGUCGCUAGCGGGGAGCGCCUGGCAUGCACACAGCAAUGCAAGGCAGUAAGUCUUAAAAUCCAGCACAUCUAUAUUUCUGUUGAUUUAUAUGUCAUACCCUUGGCUGGAGUAGACAUAGUGCUGGGUGUACAGUGGUUGGCCCAACUGGGCAAAGUUAUCUUUGAUUACAAGCAGAUGGCCAUGGAGUUCACUCUAGGGGGCCGACAGGUUCGCCUAUCCAUGCAGCAGGGCACUCCUAGGGCAGUAGAGGUGAACGUGGUGCAGAAACUGAUUAGGGCUGGCAGUGAGUGUUAUGCCAUACAGAUAGCAUCACAACCACGCGCAUCCGACAGUUUCCAAUCCACCGAUGUACCGCAGCUACCCACAGAUGUUCAGGUGGUCUUGGCUAAAUUCCCCACAGUGGUGCAGGAGCCCACAAACCUGCCACCAAGCCGGCCUUUCGACCAUCGCAUCCCACUUUUGGAUGAGCAACCCAUCAACGUUGCUCCCUACUGUUAUGCCCACCAUCAGAAAGAAGAAAUUGAGAAGCAAGUCAAGGAGAUGCUUCAGAAAAAUCUGAUACGGCCUAGUACCAGUCCUUUCUCAUCACCAGUUUUGCUAGUCAAGAAGAAGGAUGGGACAUGGCGCUUCUGUACAGAUUAUCGAGCCCUCAACAAAGCCACAGUUAAGGACAGAUUUCCGAUUCCAGCCAUUGAUGACAUGCUAGAUGAGCUAGCAGGAUCCACCAUUUUCACCAAGUUAGACUUGCGGGCAGGCUAUCAUCAAAUCAGGAUGCACCCGGGAGACAUACACAAGACAGCAUUUCGCACACAUCAUGGGCACUACGAGUACAUGGUCAUACCCUUUGGCCUGUGCAACGCACCAUCCACAUUUCAGGCGGCCAUGAAUCACAUUUUCCAGCACAUGCUACGUAAGUUUGUGCUAGUAUUCUUCAAUGAUAUCCUGGUUUAUUCGAAGACUAGGGACCAGCAUUUGCAGCACUUGGAACAAGUCUUGAGCAUACUGGCCCGAGAAAGUUUCUGCAUCAAGCUGUCCAAGUGUGCUUUUGGGCAGACUGAGUUGGAGUACUUGGGGCACAGGAUCUGCCCUGAAGGCGUCAAGGUAGAGCCACACAAGAUUACAGCCAUCCAGUCUUGGCCGAAGCCGAAGAAUGUUUCCCAACUGCGAGGAUUUUUGGGACUUACAGGCUACUACAGGAAGUUUGUGCAGCACUAUGGGGCCAUUGCUAGGCCAUUGACGUAG